AUGGAAAACUCACAAGAUAUCAGUUUAACACAACAGACAAAAGACUUCAAUAGAAUAACAAGGUCAAGACCAGGAAACAAAGAUGAAAAAGAACAACAAGAGAAUCAAGAGGCAAGUGGAAGCAAACCAAGAGGAAGAGGAAGAGAAAGCGGUAGAACAUCAAAGAAAGUAGAGAUGAAGGAAGAAGGAAGAGUAAGACACCCAAAAGAAGAAACGACGUCAGAAGAAGAAAGUGGAAGUGGUGGUGAAGAGGAAAAAGAAAACAAAGAAGUAGAGGUAGAGAAAGAAGAGCUUCUAACGGAAUUGUCCGACAAGAAUGAAGAGAGAGGAGGCUUAGGAGCGGAAGGUGACAACAGAAGUGAAAGCGGGAUAGGACUUUUGGCUCGAGAUAUCAUUUAA